AUCAGAUCCGCCGGUAACGCGAGCAGGGGGAUGCGCGGUCGGUCGGACGGCUAGAACGGCUAAAAAAAGCCGCAGACAAUUAAAUCCGAGAACAAUAUCUACAGUACGUAAAAAGGCGACCGAAAGCUCCUCCUCUCUCGCUCCAAACAGGCUUUAGGAAGUUACAGGACACAGUGCCUCUCUUAUUGUUCUUGAGCAGGCCUGGGAAUAGGAGAGCUGCGCUGUUUUGACGCAGUUAAAUGGGUGAUUACGGGUUCGGUUUGUUGCAGACAGCGAACAUCAGCAGCAGCUCCACACGUUUCGGCGGAUACGCAUUCACACCCUAUCCCAACGCGUCUCCGGUGCGCCCCAGCAGCUCGCCUCUGGUGUCCCCUCUUUUCCCGUCACAUCAGCGCAACAUGCAGGAUGAGCCUGCGGGGCUGACAGCUUCUCAGUCCAACAGCGAGCAGAGCAGCGCCGCCGACAACGACCUGAGCCGCUUCUCCGCUGUAGGUCACGCACAGACAGCCGGUGACCUUCAGCGCGACCGGAACAUACAUCAGCAGACUCAGCCGCCGCCGCCGCAGCAGCAGCCGUACUCCUCCUCCUCCACGGGCCUGGACACCGAUGCGCCAUCGUCCAAGGUGAAGACCCAGAUGGAGUUUUCUCCCUCCCUGCCCGCUUUCGGGACGCCGUGGUCCGUGCAGACGAGCUCCCCGCCUCCGCCCGUCUCCAAUGCCGCCAACGCAAUAAACCCGAUCCCCACCACCGAGCCUGACAACUUCUACCCCGGCAUCCCCUCCUCUAUCAACCCCGGCUUCUUCCAGAGCUUCUCGGCCAACCCGUGCCCGGUGCAGGGCUUCGGCAGCCCAUUCUCCCCGCAGAUCAACGCGCCGCCGCAGAGCCGCCGGUCCCCGGUCAGCCCGCAGAUCCCCCCGCAGCAGGGCGCCUUUCUGCAGCAGCGGAACAACUACAACCACCACCACCAGCCCAUGAUGAAGCAGUCGCCGUGGGGCAGCCAUCAGGGCAGCGGCUGGACCUCUGGAGGGGUGUCCUGGGGCAGAGACCACCGGCGCGGGGGCGGCAUGGGUGUGCCCGGCUCGGUCAACCAGAUCUCUCCCAUGAAGAAACCCUUCUCCAGUAACGUCAUCGCUCCGCCCAAGUUUCCCCGCUCCGCCGGCUCUCUGGGACCUAAAUCCUGGAUCGAAGAAAACAUGUUCCGUACCGACAACAACAGCAACACUCUGCUGCCGCUGCAGGAUCGGUCCAGGAUGUACGACAGCUUGAACAUGCACUCGCUGGAGAGCUCCCUGAUUGACAUCAUGAGGGCGGAGCAGGACCCUCUGAAGGGCCGUGUGGGAUGCCCCCACCCAGCCGCUGAUGGCCUACUCAUGCUCAAUGGUAAUUAUAACAGUGAGCUACAGAUCUGCAGCAGUUCCUGCUUCUCUCUCUCGUCUCUGUCUGAUUGUCACGAUCUCAUAUUUCCCACAGAUGAAAUCACGAGCAGUUUUCGGCGCUUUGGUCAUCUGGUUGUUGAUUGGCCACACAAAGCAGAGAGCAAGUCUUACUUCCCCCCUAAAGGUUAUGCCUUCCUCCUGUUCCAAGAGGAGAGCUCAGUUCAGGCACUGAUCGAAGCCUGUCUGGAGGAGGACGGGAAACUCUACCUGUGUGUGUCCAGCCCCACCAUCAAAGACAAGCCCGUCCAGAUUCGUCCGUGGAAUCUGAAUGACAGUGAUUUUGUGAUGGACGGAUCUCAGCCACUGGACCCUCGCAAAACCAUCUUUGUAGGAGGAGUGCCACGUCCACUCAGAGCUGUGGAGCUGGCGAUGAUCAUGGACCGCUUGUAUGGUGGAGUGUGUUAUGCAGGCAUUGACACUGAUCCAGAGCUGAAGUACCCAAAGGGGGCGGGGCGUGUGGCCUUCUCCAAUCAGCAGAGCUACAUCGCUGCUAUCAGCGCCCGAUUCGUCCAGCUGCAGCAUGGCGACAUUGACAAACGGGUGGAGGUGAAGCCGUAUGUGCUAGACGACCAGCUGUGUGACGAAUGCCAGGGGGCACGUUGUGGUGGAAAGUUUGCCCCGUUCUUUUGCGCCAACGUCACCUGCCUGCAGUAUUACUGCGAGUUCUGCUGGGCAAACAUCCACUCCCGCGCCGGCCGCGAGUUCCACAAGCCGUUGGUCAAAGAGGGAGCCGACCGCCCCCGGCAGAUCCACUUCCGCUGGAACUGAAGACGGGGACUCCGGGAGCGGCAGCAUGCAAGACGACGCAGAAACAACACGUCUGCUGCGGGAAGAAAAAGAUGCUUAGUUUGGCCCCUGAACCUAAGCUGUCAGUAUAGAGUACAUAACCGUAUACAGUAUAUAGAGAAUAUAUAUGACUAUAAAUAUAUAAAUAUAUCUUUAUCUUUUGUAGCAGCCAGAAACACUACAAGCCUCAGUUUAAACUCACAACAAGUUUAUUUCACCAAACCACUUCGUUCUCCUCCCUCCCUGUACAUCUCAGGCUCAGAACAGAGUUUUUGUGGUACGUUCGUGUUUUUUAAAAAGGAGAUUAAGAAAAAAAAAGAGAUUGAUUUUUUGUAGUUUUUUUCAAAUUAUUUUUAUAUGUGAGAUUUAAAAAAUAGAAACGAGAAUGUUUUCGCUUGGGGGGGCAGCCUGUCCGUUCUGUUCAUUCGUUCUGUCCGUCGUGUGUCCGUCUGCUGCUAAAUCCCCCCCCAGUGGGCAAAGUGCGCAAUUGUCUCUGGAAAACCCUUGAUGACGUAAUCUGUGAUGCCUGCCCUGGAUCUCGAACCAAAGGUAGCAAAAUGUGCGGCCUGAAAACGAGACGUUCGCCGCGGAAUAUACUAAAAAAAA